AUGGGCAAGAAAAGCAGGCUCAAGAAGGAUCGCGCCGAAAUGGCGAAGGCCGACCGCGACACCAGCACUGCUUCGGAAGGGCCCUCAUCGGCCGCCACCGCCGCCAGCUCCUCCUCCAUACGCAACAUCGUCCUCCCCAUCUCCCCCUCCUUCGCCUCCGUCCUCGGCCCCUCCUCCUCCUCCUCCUCCUCCGCGCCCGCUCAGGGCGCCGCCUCACCUGACAGGCCCCCGGACUUCUUCAUCGGCGUCGACGCGAAGGGCGACCCGAGAGUGAUCGUACGGGGAUCUGAGGCCUACGAAGUCGUAACAGAGCCGGCGAAUCAGGAGCCAUCGCCCGACCUGUUCACGGAGCGCGACGAUCGCGACGCAUCGCCCGACCCCUGCACGAGGCCGCUCAGCUCGUCGCCCCCGCCCUCCCCGCCUUCCACCUCCCUGCCGUCGGGCUCUGCCGGCAGCAGUUCUUCUGUCAGUAAAGGGUCCAAGAAGCAGGCCGCCGGCGGCAGCAGCAGCACCAGCGACGGCAGCUCCUCAUCCAAGAAGAGGAGCGGCGGGCAGUCAUCGCCGGGCCGACGGACUUAG